CCAUCUGUUGACGAAAAUGGUGAACUGCAACAUUGACCGGGUUCAGAAAUUCGUAAGUUUCGAAAGAUAUAGCUGUCUUUUUGUUUGCGUUCAGCUUGACGGUUGUAAGGAGGAUUUAUAUUUGAAAAUUAAAUGUAGAAGAUUCAACGGCCGCUGAAAGGUCAUCACAGACCUUGCAAUCUAGUUACGUGAACAGACUGAAUGCACUGAAUCGACAAUUUUUCCUAAGACCCUUGAUCUCCCUGUCAAAAGACAUUCUUCUGUAUCUUCGUUUUGUAAGUUAUGGAGAGCUCGUUUGCAUGGUUAUAAAGAAUGCGUAAAUACAUUUCAAUGCAUUGAUGAUGAAAAGUCUCCAGAAUGGAACAAGUUUUUGGGAUUUAUUAAAAAGUUUGUGGUAGACAGCAAUGCAGUUGCUCAAGAAAAAGGAUUGGAAGCAGCAUUAGCUUUCAUUGAAAAUGCUGCAGUAGCAGGGAAAACUGUUGGUGAAGUUAUGAAUGGAAUUGUUACUAAAUGCAUUGCUGCACCUAAAGCUAAAACAAAGGAGCUAGCAGUACAAAUAACACUAAUGUAUAUUGAAAUUGAAAAACAUGAAGCUGUUCAAGAAGAAUUAUUGAAAGGAACUGAAGCAAAAAAUCCAAAAAUUGUUGCUGCAUGCAUUUCUACCUUGACAUUGGCUUUAAGACAAUUUGGACCAAAAGUAAUUAAUAUAAAAUCUUUAAUAAAAAAGAUUCCUGGUUUUCUUGAAGAUAGAGACAAAACUGUCAGAGAAGAAGGCAAAUUCAUGGUUGUUGAAAUUUAUAGAUGGAUUGGUGCUCCUUUAAAACAACAAUUGAAUACAUUAAAACCAGUACAAAUUACGGAAUUCGAAGCAGAGUUUAACAAUCUAAAAGAAGAAAAAGUUGUUCCUACACGAUUUUUGAAAUCGCAAAAAACAAAAGCGAUAUGUAUUACAGAUUCUACAAGUGAUAUCGGUGAAGAAGGCAAAGAUGAUGCUGAUAGUGUUUCUGCUCCUGAUGUUGAUCCUUAUGAAUUGUUGGAACCUAUCGAUAUACUUUCUAAACUUCCAAAAGAUUUUUAUGAGAAGAUUGAAGCUAAAAAGUGGCAAGAACGAAAAGAAGCCUUAGAAGCAUUAGAUUCUUUGGUAAAAAAUCCUAAAUUGGAAAAUGGUGAUUAUGGAGAUGUAGUAAGAGCUUUGAAAAAGAUUAUAUCCAAAGAUAUUAACGUACUAGUGGUUGCAUUGGCUGGAAAAUGUUUGGCAGGGUUAGCAAUUGGUCUAAAAAAACGAUUUCAACCUUAUGCAACUGCGUGUUUGUCAUCAAUUUUGGAAAAGUUUCGUGAAAAAAAGCAAAACGUUGUUCAAGCACUUAGGGAAGCUGCAGAUGCUAUUUUUCUUAGUGUUUCUAUUGAUCUGAUAUUAGACGAUACACUCGCUGCAUUAGAGAACAAAAAUCCUGCAGUAAAAGCAGAAACGGCCACUUAUUUAGCAAGAUGCUUUUCUCGUACACCACCACAAGUUUUAAAUAAAAAAUUAUUAAAGGCUUAUACUAGUGUACUUUUAAAAACUUUGAAUGAAUCAGAUCCAACUGUUCGGGAUAGUUCUGCAGAAGCUCUUGGCACAGCUAUGAAAUUAAUUGGUGAAAAAUCUAUGAUGCCAUUCCUUACAGAUAUAGAUAAUUUGAAAAUGACUAAAAUAAAAGAAUGUGCAGAAAAAGCCGCAAUUCAUGUUAAAGUUCCUAGUACACCAAAAGUGAUUGUAGAAAGACCAAAUACUGCUCCAAGUAAAAUUGAAUCAACAGCAAAAGGUAAAGAGCCAGAGCCAAAAGCUACAAAAAGACCUAAUACUAGUACAGCUAAGAAGCUUCCAUCUAAGAAAUCAUCUGCUUCAUCUUUGACUAAUUUGGCUGGUUCCAAAAAGUCAACUAGCACCAAAAUUCAAGCAGAGAAAAAUUAUAGUAUUGAAGAAAUAGAAGAAAUGGCUAUUCAAAUGUUACCAAAUGAUAUUCUUAAUAGUCUUGUCGAUAGUAAUUGGAAGACUCGAUUAGCUGCAGUUGAGCAACUUUCAGAGUUUGUUAAACAAAUAGAUCCAACAGAAAUACCUAUACAAGUAAUUAUACGUACCUUGGCAAAGAAACCAGGUUUUAAGGACACAAAUUUCCAAGUUCUGAAAUUGCGAUUAGAAAUAGUAAAGUUUCUGGCAGAAAAUUUUCCGUUUUCAACUACUGUUUGUGAAUAUUGCAUCAUGGAUAUAACUGAAAAAUUAGGAGACACAAAAAAUAGUGCAGUUGCCGGUGAAACUCUUUUAACAAUAGCAGAAGCAACAAGUUUAGAGUAUGUGGCACAGGAAAUAAUGGCAUUUGCUUUUAAUCAAAAAAAUCCUAAAGUUCAGCAAGAAACGUUAGCUUUAUUAUGUAGGAGUCUCAUAGAAUUUGGUUGUGUCAUCAAUGUAAAGUCCUUAAUGGAAAAUAUAAAAAAGGCAGUUACUGCAACAAAUCCUGGUGUUCGUACUUCGGCUAUUGUAUUAUUAGGUACAUUAUAUUUAUUCAUGGGUAAACCACUACUUAUGUUUUUCGAAAAUGAAAAACCAACUUUACGCCAACAAAUUGAACAAGAAUGUGAAAAGCACAAUGGUGAAUCACCGCCCGUUCCUAUUCGAGGAAUAAAGAACAAGAAGGAGAAAAUAAGUGAUGAUGAAGAUGUAGAAAUAGAUAAAAAAUCUAUCAGUAACAGCGAAACUGAUAUUAACAAUCUUAUUCCUCGUGUUGAUAUUAAUAAUCAAAUUACAGAAGGUCUUCUUAAUGAGUUAUCUGAUAAAAACUGGAAGGUACGAAAUGAAGGUUUACAAAAAGUAAAUGCCAUUAUAUCUGAGGCAAAAUUUAUAAAAGGUUCUAUUGGUGAUUUACCGCAAGGUUUGGCCCUACGAUUAAUUGAUAGUAAUAGCAAAAUAGCUCAGUCAACCUUAGGCAUAUGUCAAACUUUAGCUGUUGCAAUGGGUCCUCCAGCAAAACAGCAUAUACGAGUUCUUUUUCCUGGCUUUAUACAAUGCUUGGGUGACAACAAAAAUUGGAUAAGAACUGCAGCUAUUUCUUGCAUAAAUACAUGGGGAGAUCAAUGUGGGUAUAAAGAAUUUUUUGAUGGUGAAAUGAUCGGAGACGCAUUAAAAUCUGGAUCGCCAAUACUUAGAGCCGAGGUUUGGAGUUGGUUAGCACAAAAAUUACCAUUGAUUCCUAUAAAACAAAUACCGAAAGAAGAACUUCUUGUAUGUCUUCCGUAUUUGUACAAUAAUUUAGAAGAUCGCAAUUCCGAUGUGCGGAAAAAUGCUCAAGAAGCAGUUUUAGGAUUUAUGAUUCAUCUUUCUUACGAAGUAAUGGCUAGAAAUACAGAGAAAUUGAAACCAGGAUCACGAACAGUAGUACUUGCUGCGUUAGAUAAGUCUCGACCGAAUUUACCUAUGAAACCUUUACCGAAGAAACAAGCACCGAAGGAAAAUAAUCAGAAAGUUGUUAAAAGUGCAGGAGCUUUAAAAGCCGCUAAAGCAGUAGUAAAGCCUAAUCAAAAACAACCAACAUCCAAACCUGGUAGUGCUCGUAAAAAAGACGAUGAUGUAGAUACAAGUCCUUUGUUGGCUACCAAUAAUUUGAAGCAUCAAAGAGUUAUCGAUGAACAGAAGUUAAAAGUUCUGAAAUGGAAUUUUACGACUCCAAGAGAAGAAUUUGUUGAACUUUUAAAAGAACUUAUGUCCGCUGCAAACGUAAAUAAAACUUUAUUAGCAAAUAUGUUUCAUUCAGAUUUUCGAUAUCACCUUAAAGCAAUUGAAGCAUUAAUUGAGGAUUUGCCUGACAAUAGCAAAGCAUUGGUAUCGAAUUUAGACUUAAUUCUGAAAUGGUUGACACUAAGAUUUUUUGACACUAAUCCUUCAGUAUUAUUAAAAGGUUUAGAGUAUUUGCGAAUGGUAUUCAACUUGUUGAUAGAAAACCAGUAUCAUAUGUUGGAAAAUGAAGCUGCAUCGUUUAUUCCAUAUCUCAUUAUUAAAAUUGGUGAUCCAAAAGAUGCAGUGCGUAAUGGAGUUCGUGCGUUAUUUAAACAAAUAGCAUUGGUAUAUCCAGUGAGCAAAUUAUUUUCUUAUGUAAUGGAAGGCUUAAAGUCUAAAAAUGCUCGACAGAGAACAGAGUGCUUAGACCAACUUGGUUCUCUCAUUGAAAAUUAUGGAUUGUCCGUUUGUCAACCAUCUACAUCUAUAGCAUUAAAAGAAAUUGCUAAACAAAUAGCAGAUCGUGAUAAUUCUGUUCGAAAUGCCGCUUUAAAUUGUAUUGUUCAGGCAUACUUUCUUCAAGGAGAACGAAUAUAUAAACUUAUUGGUCAGAUAUCUGAAAAAGAUCAAUCAUUACUGGAUGAACGCAUCAAAAGAGCUGCUAAAAAUUAUCCAACAAAAUCAGCUUCUACCAAUAGACUUUCUGUACCUUCAAAUGCAACACCUAUUUCUUCUAAUGAAGACAUUAAAACUUCUAAUGAAGAAUAUGAAGAAGAAAAUGAUGAAACACCUGAACCACAGCCACCUGUAUCAUCUCAAACAAAUGAACUAAAUUCUCCAACAUCGGCACAACCAAAAGUUUCGGGUCCGUUUGGACUUGAUAUGGACUUUUUACAAAGAAUCGAAUUAAAUGCACCUGUGAAGUAUAGCAAUCCAGUUCUUGUGGAAAUUGAUUUAACAGAUCUAAAUGAAAAUCCCAAUACGAAUAUACAUGAAGUACCAGUAAUUCCUAUGUCUCCUCCAAAAUUACUAGUAUCGAAAUCUGCUACAAUGACGCAGCAACAAUUAAGUGCUGCUAAUACUAGCAAAGAAGAUAGUCUUGAACGUAAAAUUCUUGCAAUGUCUAGUUUGGACUUGGCUGUUGCAAUACAGUCGAUGAACAGCAUAGAUAAUCUGAUAAAAUCUCAUCAGAUUCUCAGUUUACAAUCUAAGGAAGAUAAAUUUAUUGGUUCGAUAAAUAUGCAAUUAAAACUUUUACAAACUUAUCCUUUACAACAAGGAGGUGCAGAUAUAUCUAAAGGUUUUAGAAAUACAUUUAUGGUUUUACUAGCGUUUUACGAUACUGGAAUUCUUGGAAAAAAUGUUCCGUUGAUUCAUUUAAAAGAACUCGUGGAUCAAAUGAUCAGCUUGCUAGCAGAAAACAAACUAAAUCAUUUGCAGCAGGCAGAUGCAUACUAUCGCGUUAUUAACAACAUUGUUUGUAAAAUAAUAGACAAUUCAAAUCAUACUACUAUUAUAUGGAUUAUCCAAGUGUAUGGUGGAAGAAACGAAAGUCUGAUACUCCAUUACGUACAAUUAAGACAAUUCUUCAUAGUAUGACCCGCGUAAAAGGCAGUACAAUACUCAGUCAUUUAACACGAAUAAACAAUACAAAUGAAUCAGAAUUACAAAGUUAUCUCAUCAGGCUAAUUGCGACAUUUAAGCCAGAUGAAAUGAAUAGUAACCCCAAAACGUCUUUGAAGUCCAGCAGCGCUGGAAAAACUCAAGAACAUUUAUCAAAAUUUACUCAUCAACAGUUGUCCGAAAUAUUUAAGAAAAUUGGAUCAAAAGAACAUACAAAAGAAGGUUUAACACAACUUUAUGAUUUUAAACUUCAAUAUCCUGAAGCGGAUGUACAACCUUUCUUAGUAAAAUCUCAUCAAUUCUUUCAAGACUUUAUAGAACAAGGAUUAAGAGAUAUUGAUCAAGCAAGAAAAAAUCAAAAUCUUAUAACGCAAACUAAUAAUCAAUACUCAACAGAAAUAGCCGAAUCUGCUAAUUCUGAAGAAAAAAGCCUAAUGGAUCCAUUGCAUAGGCUCGAGAAACUUCGAGCAUCAGAAGCACAGUGUAGAACUACUAGCCAGCCAAGAUUGCAGUGCUUAAAUAACUGGAUUAAGAACCAAUAAUACAUACAAUACAUAUGAAGUAAAUAGUACAUAGAUCAUGAAGAAUAAUCUUGUACCUAAUGUACGUAUUACGUUGUUCAGUGGAACAUUAACUGUAGUAUUUGUCUUGAGUUUCUCAGUAACUACGUGUGUUAUAAUGCUAAUUACCGUAAGUUUGUGUUAAAAACUCAAAGUAAUUGCGAACAUGUUAUAUUAUUCGUAUUCAUCGAUAUUUGAAAACGGUAAUUAAGCUAUAAGAUACUAGUAUUAUGCUCUCUUUAGACUGAUCUUACGCAACCGAUUUAUAUUCUGUUACUUCUUUUAAAAUAAAUUCACUCAUUAAUAUAUAUAUAUAUAUAUAU